AUAGUUAAUAUUAUCAGUCAAUGUAGAAGAUAGAUUAAUAUACAGUACUACUGUUAAAUAUUUUUUACACGUUUUAUAUAAAUUUCUAAUAGAGCUCUUAAUUGUAACAAUAAUGAAAAAAUACUAGGCAGUUUUCAAAUUGAAAAAUAUAAUCGAUAGAUUUAACAAAUUAAAAAUACGAUCGGUAAUCAUACACACCCAUUAUGAGUCAUAAAAUAUACACUUUAUUGUAUGAGAAAGCAUGUAUACUUUACGCAUUUGACAAGCUCAAAACGGUUUUUAUCGCUAAUGUGAUAUCCCUCUAUCGUCUUCUUGUCACUUUAUGAUCAUAUAUGCGGCAAAUAGAAAUAUAUGAAUAACGAAAACAAAUAAUGAUGCGAAAAAUACUAAAUAAAGGAACACUGUUUAUACGCGAUCUCGAUAUAAGUGUCAAAAGGCGUAGAAAGCAGCGUAGAACCAACAUGCGCAGUAUAAAUGAAAAUUCGUCUUGAAAAUGUAAUCUUUCACGAAGUGUAGUCAAUUUUUAUGUAUUUUAUUGUACGUUAAACGACGAAUUAUAUUGAAUUCGUGCAACGUGGCUAACUUCAGUAAACUUCGCACCAGUUGAUGCUGCCCCACCUACCUUGCGUUUUCUACUCCACCGACGAUAUACACGGUGGACAAAAGUAUAUGAACAGGCAAAUGAAGUAAUGAUAUAGUGAUGACUUGCUGUCUACAUUUGAGUAUCAUCAAAUUCUCAAAUUCCUAAAUUCCUACAUUUCUAAAUCCUAAAUCUGUAUAUAUGGCAAUAGUAAUGCCUAAUGUAUAGAGCAUACAAAAUAAAAAAUUACGGGGUAUAUGCAUUUGGCAUCAUACGCAUGCGCAUUGUUCUUGAUUACGAAGGAAAUUUGAACCAGUCAGAGACAACAUGCACAGUAUAAACGAAAAAUCAUUUGAUGAUAGGUAUGAUUUCUCGUUGAACAAAUAAUAUAUACUUCAUUUAUCGAAAGAAUAAUUUAACUACAUGACGUACGCUUUGCGCAACAGGAAAAUUCAUGAUCGUAAAAGUGAUACCUCUUUAGAAAUUGUUUCUGACUUAAUGUUCAUAUAUAUGGUGGAGAAAAACAAACAUGGAAAACCGGUAAUAGUAUGAUAAGUGUACAAGGUAUAUACUGUCGUUGACAUGAUCUUCAUCAAGAGCGCAUGUGUAUUACCAUAGAUUAUAAAGUAAGUAGAAUUGAACAGAGGAGAUGCGCAGAAAGAAGGGAAUCUGGUUGCCUAGUUCAUGCAAUUUCUCGUGGAACAGAGUAUACAAGAAUGGUGGAAGAAAGUAUAAUUGUAAAGAUGUGCGGAGAAGAAGAUAUUUGUUUGUUAUUUCGGAAGAGUUGAAUAAUUAACGAAAUCCUAAUAAACACGCGCCGAAUUGUACAAUUUUCUUUAAAAUAUAUCUCGAUUUGAUUGAAAUCAUAACGUGUCCGCAUGCGUAUUAAUUACUUCUUUUUGCAAACUCGAUCGAAAUACAUUAUCCGACGGGAGAGCACUCUUUGGGCUCCAGAGGAAAGAAAAGUUGUUGUAAUGGCUGCCGUGUCAUGAAAUGAAGGUACCGAGCCAGUUUUGUGGUUCCACGAUGGAGGACAACUCCAGUUCUGCAUCUCAAAAUCAUAAUGGACAGUUAUCUAGUGGUUCAAAUGUUUCAUUGACUAAUAAACAUCAGGGCAAUGACAACGGUAGUAAUGGCGAUGCUAAGGACGAAAGACCACAAUACUCUAUGCCUGGCGUUCUACAUUUUAUUCAGCAUGAAUGGGCUCGCUUUGAACUUGAAAGAUCGCAGUGGGAACUCGAUAGAGCAGAAUUUCAGGCUAGGAUAGCUUUUUUACAAGGGGAAAGGAAAGGUCAAGAAAAAUUAAAAAAUGACUUAGUAAGAAGAAUAAAAAUGUUAGAAUAUGCACUUAAACAAGAACGAGCAAGGUAUCAUAAAUUAAAAUAUGGCACUGAUUUGGUAAUACCAGGAGAUGUAAAACCUCCUAUUUAUGAGGAAGGUAGUAGUACUUGUGCUAAUUCUGAUGUUGGAGGUGGUGGAGAUGGUGAAGCUCCAUUUACAUCUGUUAGCAACAUCAGUUGGAGACAAGGGCGUCAAAUUUUAAGACAAUAUUUACAAGAAAUUGGUUAUACCGAUACAAUAAUAGAUGUACGAUCAAACAGAGUUAGAUCAUUACUUGGUUUGAACAAUAAUACAGAUUCAGAAGAUUUGAAUACUCCUGCAUUAAAUGGCAAUGAACCAUCAAAUAAGCAAACAAAUGAAAAUAGUGUUCGUAGAAUUCCAGGAAAAAAGGUAGAGCAACCAUCUUCUAUAGCUGAAGCAAUAAUAUUAGAUACAGAAGCAGCUGUAAUGGCAAAUUUUGAAUUUUUGGCUCAUACGGAUAUGGAUAUGGAAGAAGAAGAGGGAGAUGUAGAAGAUGACACUUUUGAUACAAAUAUGGACCCUAAACCAAAUAAACCAUCUAUUCUUUUAACAGAAGAUGUGGAUGCAGAAGCUGAAGAAGUAUUAAAUGAAUUAAAUCUUCUCACAGAAAUAGAAGAAUCACCACCAGGUUCCAUUCAUUUGGAGAUAGAUUCAUCUGAAUGGAAUGCAAUUCAUAGAGGUUUACAAUCAGAUCCAAAGCGUCCAAAUAAAGAAGGUGAUUCUGCAUUGGAAUUGGGUGAACUAGAGCAGUUGUGUGUUAACAAUGAGGCAGAAACAUCAUAUGAUAUGGUAGCUACUGCUAAGGAAACCUUAAGAAAAACGUGGGUUGCAAAAUAUACAUUGCGUUCCCAUUUUGAUGCUGUUCGAGCUCUUGUCUUCCAUCCCACUGAACCUGUUUUAAUAACUGCAAGUGAUGAUCAUACGCUAAAGUUAUGGAAUCUUCAGAAGACUUUACCAGCAAAAAAAUCAGCUUCAUUAGAUGUAGAACCAUUAUAUACAUUCAGAUCUCAUAGAAGUCCUGUAUUGUGUUUAACUAUGUAUGGAAGCAGUCACUGCUAUAGUGGUGAUUUAGAUGGUAAGAUUUGCUGUUGGGCACUUCCAUCAGCUAACGUAGAUCCGUAUGAAACUUAUGAACCAAGUGUCCUUCAGAAAGGAUUAAAAGGACACACAAAUGCAGUUUGGGAUUUAAGUAUGUGUGAAUCCCGAUUGCAAUUAUUAUCACUUAGUGCUGAUGGUACUGUAAAAUUGUGGAGCCCAGAAAGUCAAUCACCACUACUUCAUACAUAUGUUUCUGAACAAGAUGGCAUACCGACGUCGGUAGAUUUUAUUAGAGACGAGUCGCAUAAACUAGUUGUAGCUUACGAAGGAGCUUGUGUGGUAUUUGAUACAGAAACGGGUGAAAGCGUAGCUCGUCUUGAGGCUAAUGAAACGAAGGGAGUAAAUCGUGUCGUGGCGCAUCCUACAUUACCACUUGUUGUCGCAGCACAUGAAGAUCGACACAUUCGAUUUUAUGACCAUCGAUCAGCUACACUUGCCCAUGCCAUGGUUGCUCAUUUGGACGCCGUUACUAGUCUUGCAGUAGAUCCUCACGGUUUAUAUUUACUUUCAGGAAGUCAUGAUUGCAGUAUAAGAUUAUGGAAUAUGGAUAAUAAGACUUGUAUUCAAGAAAUAACAGCACAUCGUAAGAAGUUUGACGAAAGUAUUUUAGAUGUAGCAUUUCAUCCUUCGCGACCUUUUAUAGCAAGUGCGGGAGCUGAUGCUCUUGCUAAAGUGUAUGUGUGAGAUGUAAAUUAAGAUACGCAUUUCUACUAUCAACAUACAUCAGACGGAACAGAUUUUGUACUCAUUCUUUCUAGAUAGUUUUACUUGUACGUGUCACACUUCCAAUUUCGUUGUAAUUUAUAUUGCUCUAACAUUUGGAAUACCAUUGUAGAAAAAAAAUCAAAUCAGACGUAUAAAUUACCUCUUAUACAAACGAAAUUUGCACAUAACCCUUGUCCGCGUCAAUUUCUUAAGACAGUGAUUUUAAAUAUAAAUACUGCUUAUUGAUGAGAUCUUCAUUAAGUAAGUACAUUAAUUGGGAUAGCGGAAGGGGUUUGUCUUGUAGCAUAUUAGUUGAUAUAGUUCUGAUUAUUAGAUAAAGAAAUACCCCUUAUCCAAAAUCCAGGAAGCACACUGCCGCAGUAGCAUAAUAUUUAUCCCUAUGUUAACUAUUUAUUACCAAUAUUACAGUUACUGUUGCACAGCUACUGGAAAUUAGUACAUACUACUCAAGGAUAAAGUUGUCCUAUAUCAAUUAGUCUCCCAUUAUAUGAUUUUUGUGCUACCUUAUGUAUUUGUCGAGGUUAGCAUAUAGUAACAAGAAAAGCAACAACAAUAAUAAUAAUAAUCGUAAGUUAAUUAUAAUGUAAGAGACAUAAUAUUAAUAACAGUAAAUUAUAACUGUGUGUUUCUCUGUAAUAUAUUGUAUUUAAAAAUAGAUGAACUGUGUAACGUA